AUGACGACACAGAACUUCCUCCAGUGGCGCCACCACCUGAGAGAAGGUGUGAUUGAGGCCAAGUCUAGGGGUGACCUGAGUGAUGUGGAACCAGGAGCCAUCCCCUCUCAUCACCCUUCAGGUUGUAACACAGGGACUGAGGACAAGGCAUUUGUGAAUCAGGCGGAAAUAGCAGAAAACCAUGUCACUGAAGCUUUCCUAUCACCUGGGCUCAGAGAACUCUGUGAUGGCAUCCUAGAAGCAGACUGGAACACACCUCAAGGUGGGAGACUGGAGGAGGAUCUGAUCCUCACCAGAGAGAAAGGUCUGAACUGUAAUGGUUUUGGGAGGGAAAUUCCUGCAAAAGAACAGCCAUAUUCAUAUGACAUUCAUGGCCAGAGUGUCCACCACAGCAUGGACCUUACUGAGGAGGGCCCCCUAGCUGAAAGCCCCUACAUUUGUAAUGAGUGUGGAAAAACCUUCGGAGGAAGCCCUGAACUUACCCAAUAUCAGAUAAUCCAUAGUGGACAGAAGUCCUUUGUAUGUCAUGAAUGUGCAAAAGCUUUUAGCCAGAACUCCCUUCUUACCAGCCACAGAGAUCCUGUGAGUGAAAAACCCUUCCAGUACAGUGAGUGUCUGAAAACCUUCAGUGUUCACGCCAGCCUCAUCCAGCAUCAACUCAGCCAAAGUGGAAAGAAACCUUACAUGUGCAAUGAAUGUGGAAAAGCCUUCAGCCACAAUUCAAGCCUGAAAAAGCAUCAAAAGUCUCACAUGAAUGAGAAACCCUAUGAAUGCAGUGAGUGUGGGAAGGCCUUCAGACGGAGCUCAAACCUCAUCCAGCAUCAUAAAAUCCAUUCUGGAGAGAAACCCUAUGUGUGCAGGGAGUGUGGGAAGGUCUUCAGACGGAGCUCAAACCUCAUUAAACACCACAGGACCCACACAGGGGAAAAACCCUUUGGGUGUAAUGAGUGUGGGAAAGCAUUCAGCCAGAGCUCCCAUCUGAGGAAACAUCAGCGGGUUCACACUGGAGAGAAACCCUAUGAGUGCAGCGACUGUGGGAAACCAUUCAGCCGUGUAUCCAACCUCAUUAAGCAUCACAGGGUUCACACUGGAGAAAAACCCUACAAAUGCAGUGACUGUGAGAAAGUCUUUAGUCAAAGUUCGAGCCUUAUUCAGCAUCGGAGAAUUCAUACAGGAGAAAAGCCGCACGUGUGUAGUGUGUGUGGAAAAGCCUUUAGUUACAGCUCAGUGCUGCGGAAGCACCAGAUCAUCCAUACUGGAGAGAAGCCAUAUGAAUGUGGUGUCUGUGGGAAGGCCUUCAGCCACAGCUCGGCCCUCAUCCAGCACCAGGGUGUGCACACAGGUGACAAGCCCUAUGAGUGCCAAGAGUGUGGGAAGACCUUCGGCCGCAGCUCCAACCUUAUUCUUCACCAGCGUGUCCACACAGGAGAGAAACCCUAUGAAUGUACCCAGUGUGGGAAGACCUUCAGCCAGAGCUCAACCCUCAUUCAGCAUCAGAGAAUUCACAAUGGAUUAAAGCCCCAUGAAUGUAGUCAGUGUGGCAAAGCUUUCAACCGAAGUUCAAAUCUCAUUCACCACCAGAAAGUUCAUACUGGAGAGAAACCCUACACGUGUAUCGAAUGUGGUAAAGGCUUCAGCCAGAGCUCACAUCUUAUUCAGCAUCAGAUCAUCCACUCUGGUGAGAGGCCCUAUAAAUGCAGUGAGUGUGGGAAAUCCUUCAGUCAGCGCUCAGUCCUCAUACAGCACCUGAGGAUCCACACUGGUGUGAAGCCCUACAGCUGCACCAGCUGUGGGAAAGCCUUUAGCCAGCGAUCAAAACUGAUGAAGCACCAGCAGAUUCACACAAGGGUGUAG